AUGGAACUGCAGCUGGAAGUUCUGCUGAUUCUCGCUUUGGUGGCAGCUUCGUGGGGGCAGGAGAGCUGCAGCUGCACGAUGAAUAGGUGGACGCUGUGCGAGCAGGACGAGUCUGGGAGCUGCACCUGCACGCUGGUAGGUUCUGAUCGCAGGGUGGACUGCUCCACGCUGACUUCAAAAUGCCUCUUGAUGAAGGCAGAAAUGACCUCGCGCAAGGGCAAGCGCUUCCACAGCCCUCCUGUAGGCAACGAGGGUCUUUACAGCCCCGACUGUGAGGACAGCGGGGGCUUCAAAGCCAGGCAGUGCGACCCAGGCGACACGUGCUGGUGUGUCAACUCCGCCGGGGUGAGAAGAACCGAGCAGGGGGACCGAGGCCUGAGGUGCGGUGAGCUGAUCAGGACAGGCUGCAUCUACAUGGAACUGAAACACAGCACACCCGGCGCCUUUGCAGAUGGUCAAGUGGCGAAUGCCCUGAAGCAGCUGCUUCAGAACCGGUACAAACUGCCCCCCAAGUACGUGGCGGGUGUCAAGUAUGAUGCCCCGUUCAUCCAAAUCCGCUUAAAUCAGGAUGACUCGGAGAAAUCUGACGGCGAUGUAGAUAUAGCUGAUGUAGCUUAUUAUUUUGAGAAGGAUAUAAAAAAUGACUCCAUAUUUCACACUAACAGUAAAUUAAAUGUCUCUGUUAAUGGAAAGGCUCUGGAUAUUGAAAACAUACUGAUUUACUAUAUUGAUGAAAAGCCACCCCAGUUUUCUGCGAGACGUAUGAUUUCUGGCAUCACGGUUGUGGUGACAGUGGUGACACUGACUAUCAUCUUUGGGGUUACUGUGGUGGUUAUCCUCAAGUGGCAGCGGAAAAGAAACUAUGAAAGAGUUGAUUUAGAAAUUGGUCCAGUGAAAAGAGCAACUUUACAGUUGCCUCAGUCUGAGAAAAAAAGAAAUGUUACUUCCCCAGCAACAAAACCAGCAAGAGUAAAAAUUGCAAAUGAUUCAGUGUGGGGUGGGUUUGGAGUCUUCCCUUUUACUGGGGAUUUCUAG